GAUUGGAUAUGCUAUAUGCAUGCAUAUAACAUGUACCGUCUUGAUCCAUAUAAUUCCAUUUUAAUAAGCUUCCAAAUAACCAUAAAAUAUCAUAAUAAUACCCUAUGAAUUCGCUUUCAAACGAAUUAAUUAGUGCCAUUUACUGAAGUUUCUAGUGUCUACAUAUAUGUGGGUAACCUUGAGUUUCUAAAGGCAUUUGUUCUGUCUGAACCCUUCGAUCUCUAUCCUCAUCGGCCACCUCUCCAUCUCCAAGGGUUUCCCAAUCACUUCUUCCAAAGAUGGCUAGAAUUGCCUUCGGACGAUUCGAUGAUUCGUUUAGUUUGGGCUCUUUGAAAGCCUAUCUGGCCGAGUUCAUCUCAACCUUGCUGUUUGUUUUUGCUGGUGUUGGUUCUGCUAUAGCUUACAAUAAGUUGACAUCCAAUGCAGCACUGGAUCCAGCCGGGCUGGUAGCCAUUGCUAUCUGCCAUGGGUUUGCUCUCUUUGUUGCAGUCUCUGUGGGUGCCAACAUCUCCGGUGGCCAUGUCAACCCUGCCGUCACCUUUGGAUUGGCACUCGGCGGUCAAAUCACAGUCCUUACCGGCAUCUUCUACUGGAUUGCCCAGCUUCUUGGCUCCAUUGUUGCAUGCUUCCUCCUCAAGGCAGCCACUGGAGGCUUGACAAUUCCCAUCCACAGCCUUGCCAGCGGAGUCGGAGCCAUCGAAGGAGUGGUGAUGGAGAUCAUCAUCACCUUUGCUCUGGUUUACACAGUCUAUGCAACUGCAGCUGACCCCAAGAAAGGUUCACUAGGCAUAAUUGCCCCCAUUGCCAUUGGUUUCAUUGUUGGUGCCAACAUCUUGGCUGCCGGACCAUUCUCCGGUGGAUCGAUGAAUCCAGCCCGGUCAUUUGGACCUGCCGUGGCUAGCGGUGACUUCCAUGACAACUGGAUCUACUGGGUUGGGCCCCUCGUCGGCGGUGGAUUAGCCGGGCUUGUAUAUGGCAAUGUGUUCAUGAUUCACCACCAUGAACAUGCUCCUCUAUCCAAUGAGUAUUGAUUUGAGUGAACUUACAAUUGUCGUGCCGAUCUCGUCCGCAUGUUUUUGUAAUAAGGAGGAAUAGCAGUUUUUGCUUUUCGAUCCUUUUAUUUGUUUUCUUUAGUAUGGUUUCUAUCAGCUUGUUUUGUCCUUGUAAAACCUUAUUCAUGUAGGGUUCACUUGUAGUUGUUGCUUUAUGAAAAUGGAUGGAGUUGGUGAAA